CCCCGGCAUGCAGCGCGGCUCAGGACCCCGGACAGAGGCUGCGGGAGGAGGAGACGGAGUCGGCGGAGAGUGCAUUAUAUAUCAGCUAAGAUGGGAGAGAAAGCCCGACCCCAGUGCUACUUUGAUGUGGAAAUCAAUCGGGAUCCUGUUGGCCGUAUUGUGUUUCAGCUCUUCUCUGAUGUCUGUCCUAAAACUUGCAUGAACUUCCUGAGCCUGUGUACAGGUGAAAAGGGAAUCGGAAAAGUGACAGGGAAAAAGUUAUGGUAUAAGGGCUCCACUUUCCAUCGAGUGGUGAAACACUUUAUGAUACAGGGUGGCGACUUCAGCGAAGGUAACGGGAAAGGCGGAGAGUCGAUCUAUGGCGGUUUUUUUAAAGAUGAAAAUUUUAUUCUCAAGCAUGACCGCGCAUUCCUCUUGUCCAUGGCAAACCGUGGAAAGCACACAAACGGCUCCCAGUUUUUCAUAACAACAAAACCGGCAGCGCAUCUCGAUGGUGUCCAUGUGGUGUUCGGACUUGUCAUUUCUGGUUUUGAGGUUAUCGAACAGAUAGAGAACCAGAAGAGCGACGCAGCCAGCCGGCCGUAUGCUGACGUGCGAGUUGUGGACUGCGGCUUGGUAGGAUCUAAAGCCACCAAAGAUGAAAAAGUCAAGCAAGCCACCUUUGCAUCUGGAGAAUCAGAUUCCAGUUCAAAGUCCUCUUCGUCAUCAUCAUCCUCAGAGUCUUCCUCUUCUGAUAGCGAAGAAGAAGCUGAGAAAAACAGGAGGAGGAAGCGCAAGCGGAAGGCCAAAGUAAAGCCCUCAAAGAAAAGACGCAAGGAGACUCGACAGGAUGUCAAGGAGGACCGUGUCGCCACUCAGUGCAGCACUCUUCCAGAAAAGAGCAACACUGUGGAGGAUAAAGAGACCGGAGUGAAGAGGGACAAGCCUGUCGUGCGCCCAGAAGAAAUUCCACCUGUACCCGAAAAUCGGUUUCUGCUGAGGAGAGAUGCGCCCAUUGCCAAAGCAGUGCCUGAACCGAAGCCGUCUCCCGCACUACCUGACAACAACUCCGUCACUAAAUCUGGAAGGAAAAUCAAAGGCCGGGGCACCAUACGAUACCACACGCCCCCGAGGUCCAGAUCUCGAUCGGAGUCAGAUGAUGACGGCCAAAGCAGCGAGACCCCUCCGCACUGGAAGGAGGAAAUGCAGAGGUUGAAGACGUAUAAACCCUCUUCAGGAGAAAAAUGGAGCAAGGGAGACAAACUUAGUGAUCGUAUGUCAAGCCGCUGGGAUGGAAGCUUGUCUCCAAGGUCAAGUUCUUGGUCACACGAUGGUUAUCGCUCCGAUGCCAGCAGGGGGCACGUUUCCCGUUCUAAAACACGUAAGAAGGAUAAAAAACUUAAGCAUAAAAAGAAAGCCAAAAAGGCAAAGCAUACAAAGAAACGUAAGCCACCAAAGAAAGAUCAGCCAUCAUCAUCAUCUCACAAAGAAGAGUCUUCCAGCAAGAAGAGGAAAUCAUCGCAGGAACGAACUCGAAGGUCAACUUCAAGGUCUUCCAGAGAGUCUUCAAAGAAGGGCUGGUCUCGGUCAGACAAAGAUCAGAGGUCUUCAUGUCAUUCCAGCAAGAACUCUUACGCAAAUUCCAGAUCCAGAUCGCGGUCUUAUUCCAGAGGAAGUGAAAGGUCCAGAACAACCUCGGGAUCCACCUCUCGAUCCCGAAGUCGCUCGAAAAGCAGGUCUAGGACUAAGUCAAGGUCCAGAAACCGAAAUGCUUCUGGAGCCCACUCGAGCGCUCACUCUCAUCACUCAUCCAAACAGGUGAAAUCUUCUCCAUCCUCCCAAAAAAAGGAUGCGCCUCCAUCAAGAAGUAAACCAAAUACGACUACUGAGCCCGGAAAAGCCGCAGUGCAGAAAACAGCUAAGUCAGCUGACGAUUCUGUUUUGGCUUAUGUAAGUGAGAACGUGAUUUCCUUAAGUGACAGUCCCCCACCUUCCAGGUGGAAACCUGGGCAGAAGCCUUGGAAGCCUUCAUAUGAGCGAAUACAGGAAAUCAAACCCAAGACCACCAAUGCGCUUCCUGCACCAGCCAGGCAUAGUGGCGGUGAUGCCAAAGACAGUUCAUUUCGCAAUCAUCGUGCGAGCUCAGAUAGCGAGCGCAGCGAUUAUUCUAGAAGAAGCUCAAGUUCUCGCCGCAGAACCAAACAUCACUCUUCUAGGAGCAGAUCCUACAGCAGAUCCUAUUCUAGAUCCAGGAGCCGAAGUAGCUCAUCUUCUCAGGCUGGAGGCAGGGCAUCUUCUUCAUACGACAGCUCAUCAUCCAGUGACUCCAAUGAUGGCACAGUUCCUACUGACACAUGCUCAGCCAAAAGAAGAGGCGAAUCAAAGGAUAGAACCGUCCAGCCUAAUACUAAAGGUACGUCUAUUACACGGAAAAGCACUGGAAGCGUCUCGAAUUCCCACUCCUCAGAAAGUGAAGGAGAUGAGUUUACCAAGUCAUUACUGCAAACCACUAAGGCUUUGCUGGAAAACCAUAACUCCUGCAGCCCACAGCAAUCGGAAGAUAAUAAAAGUGAAUCCAAGCCCGAUUCCCAAAGUGACAAAGAUGGCACGCAGGCCGUAAUAUCCGACAUAGACAAAGUUCUGAAAAGUGAGAAGUUAAAGGAAAGCGUUGAGCAAGUCAUAAAUGAGGAGAAAUCCAGCUCCCAAAAUGCAAACCUCGAGGACUCCGCGAUGUCUUCCGGAAAAGAGGAAGGUGAAGCCAGUUCGGAAUCUGACUCCGAGGUGAUUGGGAACUCUAAGACUCCUCCUUCAGGGACUCAGUCGCCCUGCGCUUCCGAAAGCAUUUCUGAGAAACUUACCAAGUCUCCCCUGUCGAAUAGUUCAGCUCAGGAGACCAGCAAAAGCAAAUCGAAGAAACACAAGCGCCGUUCCAGCAAGAAGAAGAGCCAUUUGAGGAGGGCCAAAGAAAAAUCCAAAAAGAAGAAAGAGAAGAAGCAGAAAGCGCAAAAGAAAAAGCAAACCUUCCGCUGGCAGCCCCCGCUGGAGUUUGGAGAAGAAGAUGAGGAGGAGACUGCAGAGGCGGAGUCCAAUGUACGUCUGAGCAACCCAAAAGACCUGCUUCUGGACAAGUCUAAGGUAGAGUCCAAAAUCACCCCCAACGGGUCCCUGCUGAUUGAUAAAGUUAACACAGAGCCCAGGAAAAAGGUUUUGCCAUUAACGCCCGCCUUAAAAAGGGAUGAAAAGAACCGUGGAGCUUUACCAAACCUAACAAAAGGUCAGCUUACCGCUGCAAAUGCUCCUCAGAGGUCAGAUGACAUAAAAACUUUUACUUCCCAUCGGUCAUUACCGCUGAUCAAACUUGAGACGAAUUCCUCCAGCAGUACGCCCGCAGCUCGCACAGGUGGCACCUCGGACCAGGCACCCCCUUUGUCAACGUCUGUCCCUUCUGUUUCUGAAAAUGUGCAAGUCAAGGAAGAGAAAAGUCAAAGUACUCCGGCAGUAGUCAACACAGCCGGUCCAGAGAAGCCAGAGGCUGCUGGCGCCGAGUCCGUAGCGGUAGACAAUAAGUGGAAACCCGUCCAAGGGCCAACUUUUGGCCAACCAGUCAAGCCCAUAACUACACCUGUAAUUACUCCGUCAGAGGCGGAAAAGAAACCUCAAGGCUUAAGAAUUGAGAUCAAAAGCAAGAAUAAAGUGAAGCCAGGGUCACUUUUCGAUGAAGUCAGGAAAACCGCCAGAUUAAACCAAAGGCCCAGAAACCAGGAAAGUUCCAGCGAAGAAAGGUCUUCGAGUCAAGAGGCAAAAAGCCGCUCAGGUAGCAAGACCAGGUCCAGAAGCAAAUCCCGCUCUGCGUCAAGCCACAGGUCAAGGUCUCAGUCUUCCAGCAGGUCCAGAAGCCGAUCCCAUAGUGGCAGUUCUUCAUCAAGGUCACGGAGCUAUUCGAGGAGUCGGAGCAGAGAACGGUACAGCCGCCGCCGUUCCAGGACUCGCAGCAGAUCUUACGGCAGCUAUAGAAGUCGGACGUACAGCAGAAGUCGAUCUAGAAGCGUCUCUUACCGUCGUCGCAGAAGAUCCAGAAGUCGGUCACACACGUACGACAGCUAUAGCAGAAGUAGAAGUCAAAGCAGAAGUCCAGCCUACCACCGAUCACGCAGCUAUGACCGGAGGUCUAGGAGCCGGCAGUCAUCAUACAGCGGCAGCGAUCACAGUUACCGCCGACGCCACAGCGGUAGAAGUUAACAGUGUUUGUCCUCCUCUCUCUAUCAAGCUGGACACGCAUCAUGUAGAUCCCACCAUUCAUGUAACAUC